GAGAGAGGGAGAGGGGGACGGAUCGGAUAGCGGUACUCACACAGCAUGCACAUCGGGCACUGACACACUCAGCAUGGCCGAGAAAGGGAGACUCAGCUUCACCGGCUCGUCCGGUCUCAACAAGCCGGUGCCGAUGAACCUCUUCGCCACCUGGGAGAUAGACGGCUCAUCGCCCAGCUGCAUACCCAGAUUGUGCAGUUUGACAUUGAAGAAGCUGGUUGUCGUAAAGGAGUUGGACAAGGAACUCACUUCAGUUGUUAUUGCUGUUAAGAUGCAGGGCUCAAAAAGAAUCUUACGAUCGCACGAGAUUAUAUUGCCACCUAGUGGACUAGUGGAAACUGAUCUCGCAUUAACUUUUUCCCUUCAGUAUCCUCAUUUCCUCAAAAGAGAAGGCAACAAGCUGCAAAUCAUGCUUCAGAGACGAAAGCGAUACAAGAACAGGACCAUUCUGGGAUACAAGACCCUGGCAGUUGGAUCUAUCAAUAUGGCAGAGGUAAUGCAACAUCCAACGGAAGGUGGCCAGAUCCUCACACUGCUCAGUAACCUCAAGCAAGCAGCAGUGAAAGUAGCUGAAAUCUGGAUCUUUGCACUGUCCAGCCAGCCAAUUGAUCAUGAGGACAGUUCAAUGCAGCCAAAUCAGAAGAUAAAAUCAACAGAUAAUUACUCAGAGGAAGAGUAUGAAAGUUUUUCAUCUGAACAGGAAGCAAGUGAUGAUGCAGUCCAAGGACAAGAUAUGGAUGAUGAUGAAUAUGAUAUGGGCAAGCCGAAAAAACAAAGGCGGACAAUCGUAAGAACAACCUCAAUCACAAGGCAACAGAACUUCAAGCAGAAAGUAGUUGCCCUACUGAGACGGUUCAAGGUUUCAGAUGAGGUCCUUGACUCGGAGCAGGAUCCCACAGACAAUGUGCAAGAAGUGGAGGAGGACCUAGACCUGUUGUACGACAGCUUGGAUGUGGAAAAUCCCAGUGACAGUGGCCCCGACAUGGACGAUGAUGACAGUGUCCUCAGUACUCCAAAACCAAAGCUCAAACCUUACUUUGAAGGCUUGUCACACUCCAGUUCCCAGACUGAAAUUGGCAGCAUCCAUAGCUUGAGAAGCCAGACCAAAGAACCGCCCAGUCCUGUAGAUGCACCGGAAAAGCUCAAGAGCUCUGCAAGCAAGUUUCAGAUAGAUAGUGUUUCCAAUACAUUGUCAGUUGAUCAAAUACAACAGGAAGAGGCAGCAGCAGCAUCUGAAAGCAUCAGUGCAGACACCUUUCUGGAAAGGCUCCCUCCCAGUGGAAAAAUCACAAAGACAGAGUCUUUAAUUAUUCCUUCUACUAGGACAGAAGGGAAACAGGUGGGACGCCGUGGAAGGAGCACAUCCCUGAAAGAAAGGCAGCCCGCAAGGCAGCAGAAUGAACGGGCUAACAGCUUGGAUAAUGAGCGUUCACCAGAGCCAAGGCAGCAUCUGCAGGGCACUACUUUGACAUUGCUGAACAGCGUGAAGAGAGCCGCAUUCACUCAAAUCCCUCGGAAAACCGUCUAUGACCAGCUGAAUCAUAUCCUAAUUUCAGAUGAGCAGUUACCAGAAAACAUAAUUCUUAUCAAUACAUCAGACUGGCAGGGUCAGUAUGUAUCAGAGUUACUUCAGAAACACAAUCUCCCUAUUGUGUGCACGUGUUCUUCAGCAGACGUACAAGCAGCCUUCACAACCAUCGUCUCCAGGAUACAACGCUUCUGCAACUGUAACUCCCAAACACCAAAUCCCAUUAAAGUGACGGUGGCUGGGGCCCAGCAUUACCUAAGUGCUAUCCUGAGGCUUUUUGUGGAGCAGCUAUCACACAAGACUCCUGACUGGCUUGGAUACAUGAGAUUUCUCAUUAUUCCUCUUGGUUCUCACCCAGUGGCCAAAUACCUCAGCUCCAUAGAUUACAGGUACAACAAUUUUUUCCAGGAUGCAGCAUGGCAAGAUUUUUUCACCAAAACAGAGGCUCCUUCAAUAGUGCAGGAAAUACCGGACGUUGUCACUAGAGUUACCCAGUACAUCUCCAAUGCAAACAUCUCCCACCAAUUACCUAUAGCGGAAGCUAUGUUAACCUACAAGCAGAAAAGGAAAAAGAGCUUUCAUUUUGAUUUUAACAUAAGCCCAGAUGAAGAUUCCUGUCAGAAGUUUAUUCCAUUUAUUGGGGUGGUGAAAGUCGGAAUUGUGGAGCAGUCUUCAGCGACGUCAGGUGAUUCUGAUGAUGCUGCUACUUCAGGCCCUAGUGUCUUGUCUUCUACUCCUCCCACACUGUCUCCAGCAAUGAAAGAAGCUUCCCCUACACCACCUUCCUCCCCGUCUGUUGGAAGUGGACUGUACUCAAGUUCACAGAGCCUUGGCCACAGUGGAGAACUGAUGGGACUGCAGGUUGACUACUGGAUCGCACAACAGCUGGCUGACAAGAAGAAGGAUCCAGAGAAGAAGGAUGCUACAGCAAAGAACACACUGAAGUGUACCUUCCGUUCCCUUCAGGUCAGCAGACUGCCAAGCGGUGGAGAAGUUACAACCCUGCCGACAAUGUCUAUGACAGUGGUGACAAAGGAGAAGAACAAAAAGGUGAUGUUUUUGCCCAAGAAAGCAAAAGACAAAGAAUUGGAAUCUAAGAGCCAAGUGAUUGAAGGCAUCAGCCGAUUGAUCUGUACUGCAAAGCAGCAACAGACUAUGCUGCGAGUAACAAUUGAUGGAGUGGAAUGGAACGAUGUGAAGUUUUUCCAGCUUGCUGCUCAGUGGUCCUCUCAUGUGAAAUACUUCCCAAUUGGCAUCUUUGGCCAUUUGAAAUCCGCUUACUAAACCUUCCCAGCUAAGCAAGAAAUAUUUAACCUGUAGCUGGUCUAGGAGCCAGCAACUAGUCAGUGCCAAGAACCUAUUUCGAACUGGAGGUGCCUGCUGCUUGUGUGCAGUGUCAGAGCUUUGCAUUUUUUUCUUAAGAACAAUGAUCUAAGGCAAGGAAUAAAAUGCAUAUCCUUAUGAGCCUUAUCAGAAGGUUAUCUGAGCAUGAUGCAGCACUUUCUUUUCUGUGGGAAGGGGAGGAUGCCAUAUGGAUGUAAUUUCAGGUGAACCAUUUGCCCUGUUUCCUUAUGGCCAUUGCUUCCUGUUUUUCAGCUCUUGAUAGAAGUGAAGUCUGCAUAUUGAAGUGUAAACCACAAUUUAGCCAUAUCUCAUCCACGUAGGCCAAAACAAAACUGACUGCAAUUAAAUAUUGUUACAGCAAACCAAUUUUGUGGUCCACAUGACUCUAGUGCACACCACCCAACCCCUGCACCCCACCCCCAGUAAAUGCAUUCUGAAUCUUGAGAGCAAGUUUGUUAAAUGCCUAGAUGGCCAUUGCAGUCCCCCUCUUACCUCCCCAAUCCCCACAACUUCAAUAGUGGCUACGUAUGGAGUGGGCCUUCAACACGUGAUUUCUGAAGAGGAUUGCUUUAUGGUUAUUUGAUUUGGUACCUAUUUUUUUUAAGAACCUUACUUCUUAAUCCAGGCUCUUCACUACCAUUCUGAGCAGGGCUUUGGCAUGAGGAUUGUGCUUGUUAUCAAGUCAGACAAAUAAGGGACCCUGCCUCGGCUGUUCAGCCUGGAGGUUGCCCCACUGAAAGCUUUCUUCAACUUUGUAAGCUGGCAAAUGGGUUUGAUUUGCACUGUGGUGAUUCUAUAAAAGGCACUUCCUAUAUUACUGUCACACCAUGUUUUAAUUAGGCUCUAAUGUUUUUUUAUGGUGGUUUAUUCAUUAUUCAAAAAUUCACUUUAUGGGUGAAGUUUGUGGUUGACUAACAAGACAUUUUUUAAAAACUCACAAGAGCUGAGAUCUUUCCCACACUUUGUCCCUCACAGCAAUUCUGUGACUUUGCUUUCACCACGCUUGCAAGUGAACCAUGGCAAUUUGUCCCAGAUAUCCAGCUUUGAACCUCAUUUUGUGAUAUAACCUGGGUUGUACAGAUUUCUAACUCCUAACUUUUAAUUUUUUGAGUGGGUAGGGUGGUGGGGAUGGGACUUUUUUUUUCCCCCCAAAUGUAACAUAGAUCUAUUCAGUAAAUCAUUCAGAUUCUCUGUUUGAUUUGAGUGUAUCUAACUAUCAAUGAAGAGGGAAAAGUGGCUGUUUUUCCCUGUGGUGUUGCUGAAAGUUUGCAGUGUACAUAACAGUUUGUUAGCAUAGCUUUGAUAGUUAAAAAUAUAAUUUUUAUGCAUUUAACUAGGCCUCCUGAAAAAGAACGUUAUUUCUUGAGGGAGUGCAUAGUGACAUUUGUUUUGACACUAAUAACUUAUGUUGUACAGUUUUAUAUUGACUGGUGCAGUGAUGGUGCAAAAUCUGGCACUACAAGCACCAAAGGGCAUUUGCUUUUAACAGAAUGAAUUUCUUUCCCCAUACCUUGUAUUGGCACAAGAGCUUUAAAAUGAUGUUACAUAGGUCAGAAUAUGUGGUUCAAAAUUAGGCUUGUAGCUUACCAGAAAAUAAACCAUGUUGCAUUGAUUUCCUACAUGUUGGAAAAUAUUAAUAAUCUCAUUAUGAAGUUUAACCUUGACUGUGUGUGCUUUCUGUUUUUGCAAAUACCUUGAACCUUUUUGUUUUAAUGUGCCAAAAUGUGUUUAAGUUAUAAUUCUGGUUGGGAAUUAAUUGGAUCUCACCUGCCUUAAAACAUGACAAAGUCAGGAGCUCUCCCUACGGGGUCUAAUUUGCCUGUAAACUAAUGCCUGAGAGUGCAUCAAAUUGCAGGUGUAAAAGUGACAAGUAAUACUGCGAAUCUUUAAGUGUCUUGAAGUUUAAAUGAGUUGUAGAUAUGGAAAAUCUGGCAUCCAUCUUCAGUAUCUGGUGCUAGACCACUAAUCUCUGCAUUAGUUUAUAUGCCUUUGUGUAAUAAUACAUUCAUGUAGAUUUAGCCUUACAUCAAAGCUACAUAACACAAAGUAUAAGCAUUCAGUUUCUAUUGCAUUACUGCUUCCUGUGUGAGUUCAGAUCUCUGACCCAGUUUAUUAUAAGUACCAUUUUCACAAUUUGGUUCUCGGCAGUUGUCUAUUCCAAAGGUUAUUACCACUAGUUAAUAGAAGAGUGUGUGAUGUUUGGCCAUUUCCAAAGGUCAAAUUAGAAGGGCUUGAGAAAAGUAAGAAUGUGUCUUAGAUAUGUGUAGUCUUUAACCAGGUAGCUGCCUCAUUCCUUACUUUCAGUGCACUAAAAGUUUUUACAGGGUUAUUCAGUUCAUUGGGAGUGAAAUUGGACGUUGCAAGUUAGAUCAUUUCAGCUACCUGUCAAACAGUAUUGAUCAGAUGUGUACUGGGCAGCCAAAUCAAUCCUGUCUGUUCUACUUCAUGUCCUGUAUUUUGUUUCACUGCUACCACUUCAAUUUUCCACUAUGCUUCAAAGUGGGAAUAAAUUAAGUAAUCCCCCUCAGGAUGAGUAGAUUCUUGUCCUGUAUUAUACUUGGCUGUACAGGAGACCUCUGCUUGGAUGCAUGGCUUGCAUAGAGCUAUUUGAUUCCUGGAGAACUUAAAAGUGGGGUAUUAUAAAUUAUCUGUAGCAUGCCUAGUUUAGGAAAAUCUACCAACAUUCCAGCUCCUUGUCCCUCUUCAGUCACUCUUCAGGAGAAUGUGUGUGUCAAGUGUAACAGGGUCAGCUUUGAUCGUGAUGCCUUGUGAAUAACUCACCAAAACCAAGGGCAGGCGCUCAGCUGUGAGAUGGUCCACAGAAUCGUACCCUAGACAGAAUCGACACCUUCAGAAAAGAAAAUUAACGGGGCAAGGGAAGAGAGGAGGAUUUUUGUUUCAAAAGUUGUAAAUCCCUGGAAGAGCUUGGAAAUUGGAAGGAAGUAGGUAUUCCAGAACGUUCUAUAUCAGUCUUGAUGCACUAAGAAGCCCUAUCAGUAAAACAAUGCUAUACACACUCAAACUUUAAUAAAAAAAACUUUAUCAUUGAAACCACCAAAAUGGCUGCUUUUGAAAGGUGUUGGCAUAAUAGUGUAGGUCUUCAGGAUUGAGGGCAAGGUCUCUCCAUUAUUGGAGACCUGAGAAUUUAGGAUUCACAUACUGACAGCUGUGCUAUUGAUCAUUCAAAAACCUACUGUUUUUCUAAUUUAUUUUCCAUGUUACUUAAUAUGAGCAAAGAAAUGAAAAUGCUUAUCCAAUACCAUUUCUGAAUUAACCUGAUGUACUAAAGACUGCUUUGUGACUGUGGAAAUAUACAAUUGUUUAUAAUGGUACUACUCUAAUUCUACAUUGUCGGUAAAUGUCAAACUCUGUUAUUCACAUACUGCUUCCAGGUCCUGAAAUGCUGCUAUUUUCUUUAAGGGAAAAGUAAUAUUACCAGUCUCAAAAUCCUCAUUCCAUCUCCAGUGCUCAAUAUGUAGCAUUUAAUAUUGAUUUUGUGAAAAGGUGUUAUGAUGUGGGACUUAUCCACAGGCAGGCUAUAUCGAAAACCACUGAUCUCUGCUGUUUGGUACUUUUGUGUUCACUAAGCUUAUCUGGGCUGUGGGGUCAGCAGCACAGGUCCCUUAAGGUAUCAUGCUUGGAUAUGAUGCUUUCCAUGUUGGAGGAGAAAAAAGGAAAUUGUUUUAUCAAGUGCAUUUGUGCUAUUUUGUUCCGGACUGGAUGCUAAAUUCCAAAGGACAUGAAUUAGAGGUGCUAUAGACUAAAUGAUCAUGUAAUAAGAGUUUAACUGCUGCAAAAACACAAUGUCAUCACUUGAGUGCAUACCAAAUGUUAACUGGUUCUAGAACAUCCUGUGUGCAUUUUGCAUUUUUUUUGCACUUCUUCCUGAGCUUUUUUUCAACAAGCAUAAGGGUAAGCCACUUUCUCACUAAAUGGUGAUCAUGGAAUGCACUAGUCAGGAUGUGACUCAAAACCCAUUCCACUUUACUAAUAUAGCUCAGUAACCUGGAGCGAUGUAUUUAUAUUGGCACAAUAUGUUGGCACUAUAGUGCUGAGUAAGUUUGCAGUUGACUUAGAAAACAGGUUGCUGGUGUAACACCAUGUGCACUGUUUCGAGACAUGCAGGUACAUGCCCACUUCUUUUUAAGGGUGAGGAAUUAACUGCCACCUGACUCUUACAAAUAUGCUCUUUGAAGCUUUUUAAUGUCCAUUAAUGGUAAUCAUGAAUACUUACUUGAGAUUUUACACUGACACUUGCUAAACUGUAACCGCUUAAUAAUAACCUUUUAAAGUGGUCACAUUACCAACAAAUAUUAGUCUUUUCUGAGCUUCCUCCUAUUUGUUUUACUUAUUCUUUACAGCUUACCUUUUUUUUUUACUUUUUUCUUAUUUUAGUUUUCUCAUUUAUUCUUUCACUGCUAUUACUGUUUUUGUCUGCAAUUUUGUUACUUUUUUCUUUGUUUUAUUUGUUUUUAUUAUUCCUUGGAACUUUUUCUCAUUGCUCUUUCUACUGUUACUCAUUCCUGUUUUUCCCUACUGUGCUUCUGGUUUCAAUGUUUGUGUUAAAAUUUUUGUCUCUUGUGAUGUAAGUUUUCUCUAUUAUUUCUCUAUUGUUUCCUUUUUUUUUCCCCUUUCCUUACUGGUCUCUGCCCAGAAUUAGAAGGCGAUGAAACCCCAUCCACAGCUCUUUAGUUUUCAGGCUGAUCUCCAGAAACAGGAGCCAGAAGACCUUUGGCAUAUGUUUUACAAAUGAUGAGCAUGACACAGCUUUUGUGAAUCAUUUGUUCUUUGGUUUGGAGCUAAUGAUGAUGUACAUCUGACAUCAGUGGCUUUGGUUAGUAGUUACAAGUCUAAAGAUGAGAGGGAAUUAAGAGUUCCAAGUAUUGCCCAAGUUUUCAAUCAACCAGUACCAAAUAAACAGCCAAUGUGUUAACAACAAAUACCAUAUCCAGCAUUCUUUUUUAAUCAGCAUCUUGUUAUAAGAGUCAGUCACAGUCUGUGCUGCGCUGUGAACAUCUGCCUGUGACCUGGAAUCAGUAUGGAAGCAGUGUGUGUGAAACUGCUGUAUGUAUGUGAAUGAUUUUGAAUACAGAUGCAUCUUUAUGAAAGUACGCACUGUUUUGCUGUCCAGAAUUAAAAAAAAGUUUUGUUUUUAAUUUUUUUAAUGAAACUUAUUUUUGGAUUUUCACUCUAGGAGGCUGAUAAUAGAUUGCAGUCUUUUGUGUUUUGCAAGCCCAUGUAGCACAAGUUUUUGUUUUCUUUUUUUAUACUGGUGAAGACUUAUGAAGGAACAGACAUGUAAUACAUUGAGUACUACAAUUAAAUAAAAUAACCGUUAUCCAUAAA